GCCCUUUCAACCGGAAGUAGUACUGCUUCGUCGCUUAAACAGAGCAGAAUGUGCUCUGCUAAAUCCGACACUUCAUAAACGUGACAACUUUCAUACUCAUUGAAAGAUGGCCGAACCAGAACUCCUUCUGGACUCAAGUAUCCGGCUGUGGGUGGUGCUGCCCAUCGUCUUCAUCACCUUCUUCGUCGGGAUCAUCCGGCACUAUGUAACUCAGCUGCUGCAGAGUGACAAGAAGGUGGAUCUGGAGCAGGUCUCGGACAGUCAAGUUCUCCUACGCAGCCGAAUUCUCAGGGAAAACGGAAAGUACAUCCCUCGACAGUCCUUCGCCAUGAGGAAGCAUUACUUCAACAAUGCAGAGACGGGGUUCUUCAAGACUGUCAAGAGGAAAGUUGUUCCCAAAAACCCCAUGACAGACAGCAGCAUGAUGACGGACAUGUUGAAGGGCAACUUGACCAACGUCCUGCCCAUGAUUGUGAUCGGCGGCUGGAUCAACUGGGCUUUCUCCGGCUUCGUCAUCACCAAGGUGCCGUUUCCCCUCACGCUGCGGUUCAAGCCCAUGUUGCAACGAGGAAUCGACCUGCUGUCCUUGGACGCCUCCUGGGUGAGCUCAGCCUCCUGGUACUUCCUGAAUGUCUUCGGGCUGAGGAGCAUGUACAGCUUGAUCCUGGGUCAGGACAACGCUGCCGACCAGUCACGGAUCAUGCAGGACCAGAUGACGGGUGCUGCCAUGGCGAUGCCCCCUGACCCCAAUAAAGCUUUCAAGAGCGAAUGGGAAGCUCUGGAGAUCGUGGAACACAAGUGGGCACUGGAGAAUGUGGAGGACGAGCUGAUGUCCAAAGACCUCAACUUUGGGAUGUUCUUCAGCCAAGACAUGAAGGCUGCCGUCUUCUAGAAGAUGCCCUCCAACCCCCCAUCCAAAGAUCGACUUUUUUAUAAACCUCCAAAGAUCUCGUUGGGUGUGCUCCGUUGUGCCUUUCAUGGAAACGAUGUGAAUGAAUGUUUGUGCAAAAAGCAAAUGCUUUUUCAGAGUAUGAUCUAUUUUUAACCCAGAAUCACCCCUGAGUCUAUGGAAAUGACGUGACAAUUGGGGGUGGGGGCCGUAGAUGUCUCUUCAGUUCUGUUAAUGUUGGAAUGAUCAUUUGAUCUUGCAGAUAAAUUGGUGUUAAU